GAAAUGCUGCAUGAGAAAGAAAAGAAACAAAACCAAAUCCCUGUCUACUGCCUACUUUCAGGCUGUCUGACGUCAGAGGAUUUGGAGAGAGAGGCUGGUCAGAAAGUGAAAACAGCAGCAGUUCCAGUCUGACUACAGCAGCACAGCCAUCAAGAGCAGCAGCACAGGCAUUUCUCUAUGUGGAUUUACAGGACUGCAGAACAAGGAGGAACUGCGUAGAGACACGAGCAUUACAGUUUGUUUCUCCAGAAGACCAUCUCUACAGUCAAAACAGCUGUACUAAUUCAUCUGAAGGUCGGGUCUUCCUACACAGUGACGAACUGAACACAGAGACCUACACAGAGAGAGAGAAGAGCAAAUCAGAAACUACACAUACCAUCCAGAACAUGAUCAGAAGAUAGCAUCAUACACCAUGAUCAUGGCACCCCGGAAGAGGAAUCGUCAUGCGUUGGGGUUUCUUUGUUGUUUUGGGGGUAGCGACCUCCCUGAAAUCAACCUCAAGGACAAUAAUCCCCUCCAGUUCCUUGAGUUUUCUGUCCCAAUCCCACCAGCAGAUGAGCUCAAUGCCAGAUUCUCCGAACUUGUGGAUGAAUUGGAUCUCACAGACAAGAACAGAGAGGCUAUGUUUGCACUCCCUCCAGAGAAGAAAUGGCAGAUUUACUGCAGCAAAAAGAAGGAACAAGAAGAUCCUAAUAAACUCGCUACCAGCUGGCCAGAUUACUACAUUGACCGCAUCAAUUCCAUGGCAGCAAUGCAGACUCUCUAUGCUUUCGAUGAAGAAGAAACAGAAAUGAAAAAUAAAAUAGUUGAAGACUUGAAGACAGCUCUGCGGACACAGCCCAUGAGGUUUGUGACAAGGUUUAUUGAGCUGGAUGGCCUGAGCUGUUUGCUGAACUUCCUGAAGAGCAUGGACUAUGAGACCUCAGAGAGCCGUAUACACACAUCCGUUAUAGGGUGUAUCAAGGCACUGAUGAACAACUCCCAAGGACGGGCUCAUGUCCUGGCUCAUCCAGAGAGUAUCAACAUCAUCUCCCAGAGCUUACGGACUGAGAACAUUAAGACCAAGAUUGCUGUGCUGGAGAUCCUAGGAGCUGUCUGCUUGGUACCAGAUGGUCACAAGAAGGUCUUGCAAGCCAUGCUUCACUACCAAGUCUAUGCUGCAGAAAGGACAAGAUUCCAGACACUGUUGAACGAGCUGGACCGAAGCAUGGGGCGAUACCGAGAUGAAGUAAAUCUCAAAACAGCCAUCAUGUCCUUUAUCAAUGCUGUUCUGAAUGCUGGUGCUGGUGAGGACAAUUUGGAGUUCCGAUUACACCUACGAUAUGAGUUUCUAAUGCUAGGAAUUCAACCUGUCAUUGACAAGCUAAGAGGACAUGAGAAUGCCACACUGGACAGGCACUUAGAUUUCUUUGAGAUGGUCAGAAAUGAAGAUGACCUGGAACUUGCCAAGCGGUUUGACCUGAUCCACAUUGACACAAAAAGUGCCUCUCAGAUGUUUGAGCUGAUCAAGAAGAGGUUGAAGCACACAGAUGCCUAUCCCUAUUUGUUAUCCAUCCUCCAGCACUGCUUGCAGAUGCCAUAUAAGAGGAACGGAGGAAACUUCCAGCAGUGGCAGCUGUUGGAUAGAAUACUCCAACAAAUCGUUCUUCAGGAUGAACGAGGAGAUGAUCCGGAUAUAGCUCCAUUGGAAAACUUCAAUGUCAAAAAUAUCAUUAAAAUGCUGGUGAACGAAAAUGAAGUGAAGCAGUGGAGGGACCAGGCAGAGAAGUUUCGCAAAGAUCAUGCCGAGCUGAUGAGCAGGCUAGAGAAGAAGGAGCGGGAAUGUGAGACAAAGACCCAGGAGAAAGAUGAAAUGAUGAAGACACUGAACAAAAUGAAGGACAAGCUGCAGAAGGAAUCCUUGGAGCUGCGCCAGACCCGGGACCAGAUGAACGACCUGGUGGCUCAACUUAAUGAGUUCUCGCAAGGGGGCAGCAUUUCCUUCCCACCCCCACCACCCCCCCCUCCAGGUGGCCCAUUAACUUUGUCCUCUUCUCACAUGUCUGAGAACUUGCCCCCGCUGCCACCUCCUCUGCCUUUCUCCAGCUGUCCCCCUCCUCCUGCUCCACCACCACCUCCAGGAGGACCUCCUCCCCCACCAGGAGCACCACCUUUCUUCAGCAUGGGGAUGCCACCACCUUCAACAACCACCUUCAGCAGCAGUGGCACCAGCUUGAAGAAGAAAUCUAUCCCGCAGCCUUCACACCCACUGAAAUCUUUCAAUUGGGCUAAGCUCAGUGAGGAGAGGAUCCAUGGUACAAUCUGGAAUGAGAUUGAUGAUUUAAAGGCAUUCAAGGUGCUGGAUCUAGAAGAUUUUGAAAAGAUGUUCUCCGCAUAUCAGAGACACCAGGACCUGCUAACUAACCCCUCCUCCUGCAAGCAGAAAGAGAUGGGUUCAACAGAAGACCUUUACCUCUCCACACGAAAGGUGAAAGAGCUCUCUGUGAUUGAUGGCCGGAGGGCGCAGAAUUGUGUCAUUCUCCUUUCCAAGCUGAAGCUGUCAAAUGAAGAAAUCAGACAAGCAAUCUUGAAGAUGGAUGAACAAGAAGACCUAGCGAAAGAUAUGCUUGAGCAGCUGCUGAAGUUUGUUCCUGAAAAGAGUGAUACCGACCUGUUGGAGGAGCAUAAACAUGAAAUUGAGCGUAUGGCCCGGGCGGAUCGUUUCCUCUUUGAAAUGAGCAGGAUUGACCACUACCAGCAGCGGCUGCAGGCAUUAUUCUUUAAGAAGAAGUUUCCGGAGAGGCUGGCAGAAGCAAAACCAAAAGUGGAAGCCAUUCUUCUGGCAUCCAAAGAACUCACCCGAAGCAAGCGUUUGAGGCAACUCCUGGAGGUAGUUCUGGCCUUUGGGAAUUACAUGAACAAGGGCCAAAGGGGAAGCGCUUAUGGCUUCAAAGUCUCCAGCCUGAACAAAAUUGCAGACACCAAAUCCAGCAUAGACAGGAACAUUACGCUGCUGCACUACUUAAUUAUGAUCUUUGAAAAGAAUUAUCCAGAUAUCCUAGAUAUCCAGUCUGAGUUGCAACAUCUUCCAGAAGCAGCAAAAGUCAACCUGGUAGAGCUGGAGAAGGAAGUCAACAACAUAAAGACUGGAUUGAAAGCUGUUGAAGCUGAACUGGAUUAUCAGAAGAGACGAGUGCGGGAAUCAGGGGACAGGUUUGUUCCUGUCAUGAGCGAUUUCAUCACUGUGGCCAGUUUCAGCUUCUCGGAGUUAGAAGACCUUCUCAAUGAGGCUAGAGACAAGUAUGCCAAGGCACUGAAGCAUUUUGGAGAGAGCGAGGGCAAGAUGCAGCCAGAUGAAUUUUUUGGCAUCUUCGACACUUUCUUACAGUCGUUUGCAGAGGCCAAGCAAGAUCUGGAGAAUAUGAGGAAGAAAAAGGAAGAAGAGGAGCGCAGGGCACGCAUGGAGGCCAUGCUAAAAGAGCAGAGGGAAAAAGAGAGACGACAAAAGAAAGCAAAAGCUGGAAGCAUCUCUGAAGAGAGUGGGGAGUUUGAUGACCUGGUGUCAGCAUUAAGGUCGGGUGAAGUCUUUGACAAAGACUUAUCCAAGCUGAAGCGUAACCGCAAGCGUUCGGGGAACCAAGGCUUAGAGACAAGCCGGGAGCGGGUGGUGACAAAGCUAAAUUAUUAAUUACAAGAAGAAGAAAACUAAUCAACCAAAAGAAGGUGACAAAAAAGUGCAAAACAAGGAAGAUGAAUGUGCGUGAUGGCGCCUGGCUGACAGUUGCCCCAAAGGAUUUCUUUUCUUUGGUCUGUGGCUAGAGACGUUACCUUUCCAUGAUCAGCUUUGCUCUCAUCCCUCUUCUGUACUCCUAAUUCAAACCGUUGAAAAAGUGCCUCUGUGGAGCCAGCAGGGCCUGUGACUGGGCCAUGUACAGCUGACAGAUUUGCUUCUGGGAGUUUAUUGUGUCAUCAGAGACCUCAUGGUGAUGACAGAAAGUACUCAGGCCUUGCAGACAACUGCCUCACAGCUGGAGAGAGAUAAUUAUCUGUGUGCCAAAAUGAAAACUAGUCAUGAUCUCCAUCUUGCUGAUAACAAGCAAGACUAAUUUCCAAGCAGCUCUGUAAACACCUGUCGCUUCUUCAAGAUCCACUCUGGCCUUCAGGAGCUUGUCAAGACGUGGUUCUCAAUGUUUCCAGUUCCCUUCCAGAAAUGGAUAUUAUAAGCCAUUGAUUAGCACAUGAAAAAUGCUUUUGAUCUCAUGUUCUGAAUAGUAUUUCUGUGUGACCUACACUGUCCAAAGCAAGCGAUGCUCAGAAGGAGGUAAUCAGGUUCUGGAGCACACUGAAAUUCAAGAAUCAGGAUCAACAUAAAUACUCUGCAGAAGUCUUUUGGAUUCUGCCUUUCUAGAAGCAGUUUUCUGGAAUUUCUUGAUAGUUGAGCCUCGAAGCUACAAAAUGCAUCUUCUAAGAGAGAAGCCCUGGCUUUUCUUUAGAGUACUAAGCCAUUGUCAGGUUGGAAUUACAAGUAGAUGAGCGUGGAGCCUGUUGUCAUUGCUGGAGCAUGGGAGGGGAACAAUGGAACAUUUCUAACCUGUUCGUGCAAGAUUUCUUAGUGCAGCCCAAUGGAAAUCAGGAGCUCCCUAGUAUCAUUCACAGGUCACAAGUAGCAAAAAGAAAACAGGGUCGCUGGCUGCAAGAAAUGAGAUUUGAUGCUGGCUGUGAUUGCUGGUGGCAUGAACUGAUCUUUCUGUCUAACAGGCUGAUCUUCACUGCACAGACCCCACUCCUACCUAAGGGAAUCGUGUAACUCAGUAAAAUAGGAAUGGUGUCAAAUGAGAGCCUUGGAAGCCACAACCUUUUUCAUUUUGAAGGGAUCACUUGGGAUGAAUCAAUGGAGAGGUCUCAUAAUGAGAACUGAGAAUUCUUCCAGGAGGACACAGAAUUGUGUAAGCCAAGCAGGCUUUGGAGAUGGUUUAAUUCAUAAGAAAAAAACAAAUUUGUAUUUAAGCUACAAAUAUGAAGCUCACAGCGAAAAAGCAAAAACCCCAUAGCUUUUUUUCCGCAUGGAAAGGGAUUGGAUUGUGGGGCUGUCAUGGGCUGGUUUUGUUUGGGUUUGUUGUUUUGUUUUUUUUUAAUCUUGUCUUCCUUUUUUAUUAUCUUCCCUGGAGAAUGAAAAGGUGAUGUAUUCUUCCUCUGAGACAGGAAGAAAAGAGACAACGUUUGAGAAGAGGGACACACCAUCUAUAAACUAUGCAGCAAUAGUCAACAGCACAAAAUGUCAAGGAAUCCCAGGGAAGUGAAAAAAGCUCUAUUUGUCACUUAAAUAAUUUGGUUUGAUUUUUCUCUGAAUGUCACUUCAGGCUCUGCACCAAGUCUGCAGAACAGAACUUCCUCUGCCAUGCACGCUGCCAGAUCAGUAUUACACGCUACCGAUAUUGGAGAAGCAAACUGUGGUGGUUUUCUGAACACUUUGAGAGUAAAAUAAUUAUGUAAACUAUGGAAAGAAGCAAAAAAGUCAGAAUUGUUAAACUCUAAUGUUUCUUUGUUUACUGAAUUUGAGUCUCCCACCCUAGAAUUUCCCUAUUUACGACAUUCCAGACUGCCGCGCCUCUGUAUAAUACUCAUCGUAAAGAGCUGGUAUCUUACAAGAGCUGGGUGCAUUCUCCUCCCUCACUAUCCCACUCCCCUUCUGGGAUUAGCUAUUAACAGCAAUGCCCAUUGCAGCGGACACAAGCACCUUGUAGAAGAAAGACUGUAUUUCAUAAAGGUUUUUGAAAGUUGAAGAAAAACUCUCACUUUUUUAAGCAUUUUUAUUUUAAAUUACAAAAUGGAUUUUAGAACUGUCUCUUGUAAAUUAUAUUAACAAGCUCCUUGCUGCUCCCUGAAGUAGACAUGCUAUAUGCCAGCCCUUUUUGUUUGUCUUGUUUUAAAGCAUGCCAUAUAGCCUAUGCCAUGUAAGCCAUAUGAGAGGUGGUAAUAUGUGCCAAAUUGGUAUACAAUUGAGUUUAGAUUUGGAUAAUCCCUGACUUCCAAAGAUGAUGCUUUUAGGGAUUAGAACAUUGUAGGUUUUUUCCCCUCUGUUUUUUUUCUCCCUGGGUUUAGGACUCACCCAGAAAUUCAGGUGUAGUGCCAAGGUCAGCUCUGGUGCAAGUUGAUGUGACUGUCCAGCUUAUGGCUGCUUGCUCACUCCCCAGGUACUUGUUUGCUGAGGCAGACUGUCAGCAUGGCAGUGCUGUCAGAGAAGAAACACCUCAGGGCAAACCCCUUGAAUAUAAAUACAGCAUUCCCCCCCACCCCCGGUAUUUGUCAAACCAGGUUUGUGCUGUGCUUUUUUCAACUGAAGUCACUUUGCUAGGCCACAAAUGUAGCAAAAGCAGAGAGAGUGAUAAGCCCUCUGUCCAUUUGUGUAUACAGUUCAACCCCGAUUUAAAGAGAUCCUGUAUGAAGGUACACGGCGCUCAGGCCACUCUGACAGUCUGUAAAGAGAGCUGCUGUAGUUCUGCCACCUCCCUGACUCAGGCACAAACAGUGAGAGAUUGUGCAACUCCUGUAAAUCAGCUGUGGGUUACUUACUGGGAUGGACAGAAAGCUCAAAGUCUCGCCCCUAAUUCAUUGCAGCUCAACUUUCUCAGCACUUCAGUGCCCAGACCCCUGUCUUAAUUUGUGACGGUGGCUGAAGGCUUCACUCAGCAUGCUGGACAGUCCACCCUGGCUCUUGACUCCAUGGUGAAUGUUCAUAAAGAGGGGUUUGGAAAAGCUUAGUUGCACACUGAGACAAGCAGUGGUGACAAGCGAAGAGGUGCAUUAGUAAGUCUACUGAAUGAGAUGGGGCUGGUCACACAGAAGAUAAGGAAAAAAGUUGGCUCUGCUUUAGGGCCUGGUGUCAGAUUCUUGCUGAAGCCAAGUUGGUCCUUUUUUCUCAUCUCUUGGGUACUGUGAGUGCAUCUAUGCUUGGUUCUUCAUCAGCAGUUGUGGUAGAGUUGCUAAGAACUGAAGGAGAAAGGAAAAUCUUAUCCCUUGUCCUCUAGUGCUAGCAGAGCCUGAACAGGUAAGCAAGCGGUUGUGAGGUGUGACAUUGAGGCAUAACCUCUUUAUCACACUGAGAGCUGGAGAAGAGCUAGGGUCUGCUGUUAUCCUUGCACUUGUGCCCAGCACCAGCAUGAAAUCACUCUGUCUUUGGAAAUAAGUAGAGGAGGAGGAGAUGUAAGAAAGAAGGGUAUAAUCGAGGGCUUGCUCUGCUUCCUGCAGAAAUCUAGUUAUUGCUAACUUUAUUACAAUUUCUUCACACCUAAAAGAGAAGGUACUUUCUAACUCUCCAGACUUUGUCCCUAGAGGUCUAGUGCUUGCUCGCUCACUCACUCACCUCUGUGUCUCUGUGUUGUUCUUAAGCAGGUUGCAUUAGGAUGAUCUCAGAAAAGACUGAAGAACUCUCUCUCCCUCCCACUCCCUUUGGUCUGGGUCACUCUUCUCAGUCAGUCUUAAGUCUCUGGAAAUGCUACAAGGUAAAGUGACUUCAGGGCAGCUAGGCCUUUCCGUGCCCUGCAGCACAGCUAUUGUCUGGGCACCAGUUCCCUAGGAGAGCAGAAGUAGGACUAGUGUUCAUGGGUGAGAGACUCCCAACGAGGGAGACUUACCUGAGUGUCCUUCAGAAGCAUUUCUGUAACGUGUUCACGAUGUCUGAGGAAGGGAAAGGAAUCGCGAGGGGUCCUGGUGGGAGACUGUGGGGCAGGUGUUUCCGUAACGGUCAGCCCCACUGGCCGAAUCUUCCCUUUUCUUUAGGAAAGCUCACACUGAGCUGGGUUGCAUGGGAGAAGCUUGUGUCAGGAGUUUCCGUGAGGGGAAAGGAGAUCAGUUGUACAGUUGAUGAUGUACAUGAUAUAUGCAGUUUUGUUUAUGGGUUGGUUGUUUUGGGCUUCUUUUGUUUGUUUGCUUGUUUGGGGGUUAAAUGAUUUUUUUAAAAAAAGGUUUUAGGAAUCUCUAAGGGGAACCUGUAAAUCUGACACCUCUAUUUAUUUUGCCUUAUUUUAGUUUGCUAUGUUUGUAUGUAUACACUGCAUUACAGCAAAGACUAUUGAGACCGUGCCAGGGCAUUACAGCGGCCAGACAGCCGGCUUGGCUAUUGAGCAGCAAGCUGAGCACAGGGCAAGGGGAUGCGGGUGAGCAGGCUUGGUGUGAGAAGGGAGGGAAGGAAAAAAGCUUUCCUUUCCCUUUUGUCAUAAUCACUCUGCCCCUGGUGAUCCUGGUUCUGGGAAAGCAUGCAUUUUAAAGCAUGUGGUGAAUUGAUGCAGGUUGGUUAUUUUAAAACACUUGCUAUAAAACCUGUUUAUUUUUCAUCAAGUUAAGCUGCACAGUUGCUCAUUCAAACUUCACCCUUCCACACAAGUUCUGUCCAUGCCAGAGAAGCUUGGAUAGAUGGGCAAAAGCGGUUCAUGCCCUGGAACUUCUCACCAGAGUUAACACAUUGAUGAGACAAACUGAGACAGUUCUCCUUCCUCAGAGCUAAUAUUCUUUCCUAUCUUCAAGGCCAAGGAAGAAGGAUUUCCUCUACUUCCCCUCUCUCCUCCACCCCACUUCUCCAGAUUAUUCAGGAUAAAGAAAAAUCUUUCCACUGGUUGGUUUUCUACCAGUGGAAUCUCUAGCAAUCACCAGGUGUUUGGCCAUGGCUCCUUGACUUCUCUACUCAAUGUAGGAGAUUUCUGGUUGCCUGCCAUCCAGACAGGUAGCCUCCAUUGGCCACCUUAGCUUCUGUUAUCAAAGGUUGAAGAGGCCAACCUGGGUAACACGAUUUGGCCAAGUGAAAAUAUAGAAUUUAUAUAUGUGUGUGUAUAUAUCUAAAAAAGCUAUCUACUACUCUAAGUAGUAGUUUUGAUGGCCAGUAUCCCCUGAAGUUGGUCAGAUUUUGCUUGCUGUGCCUGCUGAGAAGGAUGCCAUUAGCAUAGCGUGGUGUUUCAGCAUCUCGUUUCAUGAGAGAGUCUGGAUGCUUCCAAACCAGAGUCUUGUGUUACUGGCAAUAAUGUAGAAUAGAUCCACUGUAACCAGUACAAGUUUCUCUGGGUUUACACCAGUGUAAUUCAAAGCAGCAUCUGGAUCAAAACUCUCCUUUAGGCAGUUUCAUCUUUUACAAGAUGCUCCAUAGAGCUCAUGAAGGGCUUUCAGCUGUUCACCACUAGAAGCUCUCACCCAACUGAACUAGACAAGCCAUUUUCCCCUUUUCAUGCUUGCCCUUAACCAGGCUCUUUAAAAACCUUUGCAGUUUUAGAAUUGUAAGGGGAUGUCAGGUACUUGAGCCACUCCGUGCUCAGCCCCUCCCUUCCAAACCAUCCUCAUUCUCCUCCCCUUAGAGCAUGCUCAGCUUGACUCCUGCAGGUCACUUUGGGAGGUGCCCCUGCCUGCCAAGCCAGAAAGCACCCUGCUGCUUACUGAAGCGGGAGGUUGUGUGCUGCUGUAAUGCCUUGGUGUAUCCUCAUUUCUUAGUCAGUUUAAGACUAUAAGUGAAUUAAAUGUACAAAUCCUGUAGUGUCCUUUUUAUCUGUAUCUUUUUAUAAGAAUAUACUGUAAUACUAAAAAACAAAAGCAAAAAAAAUUAAAGAUAUAUUGCCCCCA